AUGAGAGCAACUGGAAUUCAGAAUGGCGGUAUGCCAACAGGCAAGUCUUAUAUGGGCUGGUGGGGUGCCAUUGGCUCACCAAAGCAACGCGGUAUUGUGCAAUAUGGAAUUUCUGCAUUCCAACAGCGUCCAUUCGCAGGUGCACUCAAUGGUUACAUCUUCAACGGAUACAAGAGACUAGCAAAGCAACUCCCUUACUCUGGUAUCCCAUUUGCGAUUGGUUAUGGUAUCUACUACUGGGCCAGCAGCAAGCACGAAUUCCUCAACUCAAAAGCAGGUCACAUUGAGGCUUUGCAGAAUGGCACCGCCGAGUAG